AUUUAGGUGGCUAAAAACUCUUUAUAUUACAGUGGUAGUUUGACAAAAUCCAUAAUUUCCGAAAUCUCCAAGAAUUAGGGAUUGCUCGCAUGAAGAAAACCAAGCCCUCCUCUUCCCCCAUAUCUUCAGCAGAAACGAUAGCCCACAACCAAGACCUCUUGUUCCAAUUCCUCAUAAGAAUACCUCCGAAACCUCUUCUUAAACUCAAAUUAAUCUCAAAACAAUGGCUUUCCCUCAUUUCCAGCCUCCAAUUCUCUCAUUCCCACUCUCUCCACCACCAAAACCAAGGCUUUCUAACCCCAACAGCUCUCUUUCUAGGCAUUGGAAACUGCUAUAUACCACCCUUCGAAUUACCUGUCCUUCCCUUAAACCCUCAAACCAAAGUUCCCAUCUUGGAUUUCAUUGAUGACCCACACUUCAAAAUCCUCCAAUCUUGCAACGGCUUGCUUUUGGGUCAUUGUUGUUACAAAAGAAACGAAGGGUCGAGGUAUUUCAUCUGUAAUCCAACUACCCGUAAGUUCAAAAUGAUUUCUUUGCCUGUUUCGCAAUCGGGUUCUUUGCGUGCUGUUAAUUUAGCCUUUGAUCCUAUUAAAUCACCUUAUUAUAAGGUUAUUUGUGUAAGGAAACUGCCUUCUCCAAGUAAUAGGUUUGGUAUAUAUAUUUAUUCAUCAAAGUCUGACGAAUGGGAUGAUUCUUGGAUUAGUUUUGGGGCCAAUGAGUAUAUUAGGUUUGACUAUGGUGUUUUUUGUAAUGGGAUCAUUCAUUGGAAUAGUAAUGGUAGGAAGUCUUUGCGGUUUGAUUUGGAGAAUAAAGUGUUGAAGAAAAUGCCAAUGUUGGCUCCUAUGUUUCAAGCUCCAGAGGAAUCAGAAGAUGAGGAUAGUCGAUAUUUUGGGGAGUCUCGGGGCCAUUUGCAUCUUGGGGUUACAUAUAUGCCACUUCGUUUGAAAUUUAAUGUUUUUGAGAUGGCGGCUGAUUAUUCACAUUGGUUCCUUAAAUACAGUCUGAACCUGGAUGAUGCUAUGAAAGCUUUCCCUGACUUUGGGUUGCCUGCUCUUGAUAUCUAUUAUGGAUUCCGAAUUUUGUCUGUUAUCCGAUCUGAGGGUGAAGUGUCAAAAGUUGUGAUUCUUGUGGAUUGUAAAGCAAUUUGCUAUGAGCUAAAGGGUGGGAUUUUGCUAAAUCUUUAUGAGCUAAAGCAGUGUCCUGAGACCCUCAAUCGGUGUCCAUUGAAUUAUAUUGGGGUUCAAGUCUAUCAAUAUUUUGAGACCCUCUCUUGUGUUUGAGGGUCUAACACUCCUACUGGAAGGCUGGCAUGGUCAUACCAAUCUUCUCAGGUCUUAUUUCAAUUGAAGGAAUGAGGGGGUUUGCCUUGACUAUUCUAAAGGCUCGUAUCUUGAUCUUGCAGAUGAGCAGUGCCUAAGUGAUACCUGUUUUAUACAAAGCAAUUUACUGUAAGACAUCAGUUUUGGGUGUUAGGGUUUGGUGAAUAUUUAUUUUUAGUGCUAUACUUGAUAUGUACAUAGCAUUCUGAAUGUUUAUAAAAUACUAUUAGACUGCCUCCCUUGUGUUAAUACUAGUUUCUCUCAAGUCCCUUCUGCUAGUCAUUUAUCUUUUUGGCAUUAGCAAUACUUAUUUGCCGAUGUGCAUCUAAUGUAAAGAUCCUUUCCCAUGCCCUAUAUGAUGUAUGAGACUUAGUGAUUGAUCCCCCUACGGUCAUAGAACAAUGCUGGCUGGCUAUCUCAGUCUAGAAGUUUUGUGUUCUGUGUAUUUCUAGCUCCUAUUAUUAUGCAAAAUAUGUAAGCAGGGUUUAUGAUCUGAGCAUAGGCUGUUUGUUCAAUCGUGAAAAGGUUCAAUCCAUAAUUUCUGUUACUGAAAUUUUGCUAUAUAUGCAUGCAUGUGAUGAUAGACAUUGGCUUUGUAGGAGUCAUUUCUAUUAGCAGAGGUGCUUGGUUCGGGUUCAGGUUCAGGUUCAGGUUCAAGUAUUAGAAAUGCAGGAAUUUAAUUAUCACAUCCACUAAUUUCACAGUGACAAAAUAGGCUGGCCAGAGAAGGCUUCACUGCUCAUCGAAUUCCUGCCAGUCACUCAUCAUUAGAAACCUUAGGUAUCAGCAUCAAUGCAUCAAAAUCUAUGCAAGUUAUAGAUAUCAAUAUUGGUUGGAAACUUGAUUCAUUCAAUCAUGGGAACCAGAAUUAUAAAAGAUAUGCCCUGAUAUCAUUCUAUUUAAAUUUCCUGGGGCAAUUACCUUUAUCCAAUUUCCAGAUGAUUUACUAUAAACUGCCCAUUUAGCUGUAUUAUGGGCUACACCGUUAAAAGUUUCCAUUUACUUGCAUUUACAGAAGUUCCCCAGGGUCAAAAGGAAAAGCUGUUCCAUCAAUCUUAUGUCCUCAGCCCCUUGGGUUAAUUGAGCUAAAGGUUACCCCAUUUUCCUUUGUUAUGUCUGAUCCUACAGAAUAAGACAAAUGCAUAUCGCAACCAACGAGAGAUUAUAGAAGAAUUCAUCAGAUACCAUAAUUUCAGAAAUGGGAGAAAAUUCCCAUCAAAACACCAAAGCUAAUAUUAUCAAUGUUCCUACGUUUUCAUAAAGAAAAUUAAUCACAUGUCAAUGUCCUUAUGCU